CAGAAAGAACAGACAAAAUGCAGGCAGGGCGCAGGACAAAGCACUAGGGACAUAAAAAAAAAAAAAAAAAUGACAUUUUUUUAAAAUUUAAAUUUCCCCGCCGCCGGCGGCGGCGGCGCCCGUACGUCCCGACGUCACAGGGACAGGACACAGAAAGCCGGAUGCCGGCAUCGGCCGGAGGAGAUGGCCGGGGACGCUGCAGGGGACACAUCGUGGGAGCGCAGGGUAAGGCAAGUGAAGAACACAUGCCGGAGCAGUGCCGCAGGGUAAGCCCGAGUGUAGCUCGGGGUUACCGCUUUUGGUACUGAAAU